AUUUCUCCAGAUAAUUUCAACCAAAUACUAUUUUUAAUGGUUCUUUUCAGUUAUUUUGAUUCCUUUUGUAUCAUUAAGAAUAUAUUUUCUUUUUCUGCUUUAUCUUCAGUGCUUUUUUUUUAAAAAAAAUCCUUGAUGUAUUGUGUCAAGGUAUUAAUUUAAUAGCUAAACAGCUUAUGUAAUGAUGUAAUGUAACAUAAGUGGAUGAUGCGAUGCUAGGAAUGACUCAGCAGGAGUCUGUAUCCCUUUAAGAGCCUGAGUAUAAAAGGGAAGGCUUUGCUGGAGGUCUCUCCUUGUUUCCUGCUGGGUGUUGGAGUUUGCUGUAUUACCAUGUUGUUUGUCAGGUUCAACUCCAGCCAUGGUUUCCCAGUGGAGGUUGAUUCGGAUACCAGCAUCUUCCAGCUCAAGGAGGCGGUUGCUAAGCGACAGGGAGUUCCAGCUGACCAGUUACGUGUGAUUUUUGCAGGCAAGGAGCUCAGGAAUGACUUGACACUGAAGAAAUUCAAAUCACUCCCAUUGAACUGUGAUCUACCCCAGCAAAGUAUUGUUCAUAUUGUUCAGAAUCGGCAGAAGAGUGAGAAUGAAAAUCCCAGGCUCCUCCUAUCAAGCAAUGGAAGAGAAUCCACAAGUCUCACUCGUGUGGAUCUUAGUACCAACCUUUUACCUUCUGACUCAUUGGGACUUGCUGUGAUUUUGGACAACAGAAUUCCUAUUCCACCUAAUAAUUCAGAAGUUAAAUACAGCAGUUUUUAUGUUUUCUGCAAAAGCUUCUGCCAAGCUGUGAAACCUGGGAAACUCCGGGUUCGUUGCAAAACAUGCAAACAAGGGACACUGACUUUGGCACGGGAUCCAUCUUGCUGGGAAGAUGUUUUGAUUCCAAACAGCAUCCUUGGUGUUUGUCAUUACCAAAACUGCAGUGGAGAAAUAGCGGAAUUCUACUUUAAAUGUGGAGCACACCCAACCUCUGACAGUGAGACAUCUGUGCCGCUGAACCUCAUUACAACAAAUACUCGGUACAUCUCAUGUAUAACCUGUACAGAUGUUAGGAGUCCUGUGUUAGUCUUCCCAUGCAUUCAUCACCACGUCAUUUGCCUGGAUUGUUUUCAUCUCUACUGUGUAACCAUGUUGAACAAUCGCCAGUUUGUCCAUGAUCCUAUCUUUGGAUAUUCAUUGCCAUGUGUGGGUAAGUUGCUCACUAGUGCUUUUUUAUUAGUUUGUAAAGUAAUAAAAAUACUUCAUAAAUUACUUUGCAAACAGUGGAAGGAAAUUACUGACUUAAAAAACAAAUACUCGUCUAUCAUGUAUUGAAGAUAAAUUAAUAGUUUUGAAUAAUGUUUUCUCUUAGUAUUUUCUGCUGUUCUUUGCCAUAUUGGAAUUCAGUCAUGAAGGGUGUUUUUUUAUAAGUACAUAUCUACAUGGUUUGGUCUAAAAUUUCAUCAUCAAAAAGUGUUAAAUUGUAAUAUCUUAAAAGUGCUAGACAUGGAAUUAGAGAGAGAAAUGAUAAAUGAUUCCACUUUUCUUGUUCUGAGUCAGCUACAGGAAGCUAAACUUCAUUCAAUAACUUCAUCUUUCCUAGUUAAUUCAGUUCUGAAUUAAAUUCAGCUUAAUAAUCCAAAACAUUUUUUGAUUAAAACAUCUCUUCUGAUUAACUAAGUUUUAAAAAAUGAAGGUACAUGCAAUCAAAAAUCCACAGUUGAGAGAAAAACUUUUCUGAUGAGGCAACAAAGAAAAAAAGAAGACAAAAUGUAAUCCUCUUUAAAGCUGCAAAGUUGCUUAUUUUCUGAAAUAGAUUUAUAGAGAAAAGAAACGUUCUCUUGAUUUUUAAAUGUGGCCCAAAGUGCAUUGUUUUACAUAUGGUAUUAAUAGUCAUGAAAUCAUUUCCUAGAAUUAUAACUUCGCUAGUUCUAAGAGUUCCUUUAUUUAAUUGUUUUGCAUUAAAGCUACAUGUACUUCAGUUCAAGUAAAGUCCUUGAAUAUUGUGUCAGUAAGGUUUGUCCAGAACAUGAUGAAGGUGAUUAUCUUUCAGUAGUCUUCAGGCAUUCAAAAACCUUCACGCUACAGGAGAAAAUGUAGUUUUCCCAUUCACACUGUUUAGUUUGCUUAAAUGUGCAAAUUAGCACUGUUGAUUCUGUUGUUGUUUUGACAAAUUUAUGAAGCAUAAUGAUCAUAGACGGCAGUUUUCAUUAACAUUUGACUUUCUGCUUCUGAAAUUAUCUAGGGAUUGUACUGCUGAAAUUAAAGAACACAAACACACACACAACAAAGCUUUGAUUAUAUCAUUCUGAAGGUCAAAACAAAUGCAUCAUACUUUAUUGGAUGGUUUUAACUGUAUUUAGGGAUAAAUAAGAUGUACAUUUGGUUUUUGUUUUAAUAAUUGUUUAUCCACUUUCAAUUUUUUAAAUAUUGAUGCAUACUCGUAUAUGAAAUCACCAUUUUAUAUAAUUUAAAAAGGGCCCAAAAUUAUGCAUAUUAAAAUGUAAGAAAGCUAUUGCAAAGAAUGGAGAAGUUAGAAAAUGUAGUAGAACUCAACAGAUUCAUCUGCAUGUCAUCAAAGAUGCAGAGUCAUUUAAGGGACUAAUAUAUUCCAUACUAAUAGAAUUCAACAAAAGGAUUCUUACACAUAAAAGAGAUAUAGAAGGUGAACAUUCAUUUGAUUUUCAUCAAUAUAUAAUGUUGAACCUGCCCCCUCUGUAAUUGCUGACUGUAUGUUCCUGCCUAUUUUUCCU